GGGCCCGGCCGUUUGUGGCCGCCCGGGCCGCGGAGCCGGUGUCCUAAGAGAUGAGGGGCGGGGCGCGGCCGGUUGGGGCCGGGGAACCCCGUGUGGGAAACCAGGAGGGGCAGCCCGUUUCUUGGGCUUCGGGCGCGGCCGGGUGGAGAGAGAUUCCGGGGAGCCUUGGUCCGGAAAUGCUGUUUGCUCGAAGACGUCUCAGGGCGCAGGUGCCUUGGGCCGGGAUUAGUAGCCGUCUGAACUGGAGUGGAGUAGGAGAAAGAGGAAGCGUCUUGGGCUGGGUCUGCUUGAGCAACUGGUGAAACUCCGCGCCUCACGCCCCGGGUGUGUCCUUGUCCAGGGGCGACGAGCACUCUGGGCGAAGUCCGCACGCCUCUCGUUCGAGGCGGAAGACGAGACCUAAUCUGGGAGCCUGCAAGUGACAACAGCCUUUGAGGUCCUUAGACAGCUUGUUCUGGAGGAGAACACAUGAAAGAGAGAACCUCAAGAGGCUUUGUUUUCUGUGAAACAGUAUUUCUAUACAGUUGCUCCAAUGACAGAGUUACCUGCACCGUUGUCCUACUUCCAGAAUGCACAGAUGUCUGAGGACAACCACCUGAGCAAUACUGUACGUAGCCAGAAUGACAACAGAGAACGGCAGGAGCACAACGACAGGCGGAGCCUUGGCCACCCUGAGCCAUUAUCUAAUGGACGACCCCAGGGUAGCUCGCGGCAGGUGGUGGAGCAAGAUGAGGAAGAAGAUGAGGAGCUGACAUUGAAAUAUGGCGCCAAGCAUGUGAUCAUGCUCUUUGUCCCUGUGACUCUCUGCAUGGUGGUGGUCGUGGCUACCAUUAAGUCAGUCAGCUUUUAUACCCGGAAGGAUGGGCAGCUAAUCUAUACCCCAUUCACAGAAGAUACCGAGACUGUGGGCCAGAGAGCCCUGCACUCAAUUCUGAAUGCUGCCAUCAUGAUCAGUGUCAUUGUUGUCAUGACUAUCCUCCUGGUGGUUCUGUAUAAAUACAGGUGCUAUAAGGUCAUCCAUGCCUGGCUUAUUAUAUCAUCUCUAUUGUUGCUGUUCUUUUUUUCAUUCAUUUACUUGGGGGAAGUGUUUAAAACCUAUAACGUUGCUGUGGACUACAUUACUGUUGCACUCCUGAUCUGGAAUUUUGGUGUGGUGGGAAUGAUUUCCAUUCACUGGAAAGGUCCACUUCGACUCCAGCAGGCAUAUCUCAUUAUGAUUAGUGCCCUCAUGGCCCUGGUGUUUAUCAAGUACCUCCCUGAAUGGACUGCGUGGCUCAUCUUGGCUGUGAUUUCAGUAUAUGAUUUAGUGGCUGUUUUGUGUCCGAAAGGUCCACUUCGUAUGCUGGUUGAAACAGCUCAGGAGAGAAAUGAAACGCUUUUUCCAGCUCUUAUUUACUCCUCAACAAUGGUGUGGUUGGUGAAUAUGGCAGAAGGAGACCCAGAAGCCCAAAGGAGAGUAUCCAAAAAUUCCAAGUAUAGUGCAGAAAGCACAGAAAGGGAGUCACAAGACACUGUUGCAGAGAAUGAUGAUGGCGGCUUCAGUGAGGAAUGGGAAGCCCAGAGGGACAGUCAUCUAGGGCCUCAUCGCUCUACACCUGAGUCACGAGCUGCUGUCCAGGAACUUUCCAGCAGUAUCCUCGCUGGUGAAGACCCAGAGGAAAGGGGAGUAAAACUUGGAUUGGGAGAUUUCAUUUUCUACAGUGUUCUGGUUGGUAAAGCCUCAGCAACAGCCAGUGGAGACUGGAACACAACCAUAGCCUGUUUUGUAGCCAUAUUAAUUGGUUUGUGCCUUACAUUAUUACUCCUCGCCAUUUUCAAGAAAGCAUUGCCAGCUCUUCCAAUCUCCAUCACCUUUGGGCUUGUUUUCUACUUUGCCACAGAUUAUCUUGUACAGCCUUUUAUGGACCAAUUAGCAUUCCAUCAAUUUUAUAUCUAGCAUAUUUGCAGUUAGAAUCCCAUGGAUGUUUCUCCUUUGACUAUAACAAAAUCUGGGGAGGACAAAGGUGAUUUUCCUGUGUCCACAUCUAACAAAGUCAAGAUUCCCGGCUGGACUUGUGCAGCUUCCUUCCAAGUCUUCCUGGCCACCUUGCACUAUUGGACUUUGGAAGGAGGUGCCUAUAGAAAACAAUUUUGAACAUACGUCAUCGCAGUGGACUGUGUCCCUCGGUGCAGAAACUACCAGAUUUGAGGGACGAGGUCAAGGAGACAUGAUGGGCCUGGAAGUUGCUGUACCCCAUCAGCAGCUUGACGCUUGGUCACAGGACGAUUUCACUGACACUGCGGAUUCUCAGGACUACUGUUACCAAGAGGUUAGAUGAAGUGGUUUAAACCAAACAGAACUCUUCAUCUUAAACUACACGUUGAAAAUCAACCCAAUAAUUCUGUAUUAACUGAAUUCUGAACUUUUCAGGAGGUACUGUGAGGAAGAGCAGGCACCAGCAGCAGAAUGGAGAAUGCAGAGGUGGGCAGGGGCUCCAGCUUCCCUUUGAUUUUUUGCUGCAGACUCAUCCUUUUUAAAUGAGACUUGUUUUCCCCCCUCUUUGAGUCAAGUCAAAUAUGUAGAUUGACUUUGGCAGUUCUUCUCAAGCACUGACACUCAUUACCGUCUGUGAUUGCCAUUUCUUCCCAAGGCCAGGCUGAACCUGAGGUUGCUUUAUCCUAAAAGUUUUAACCUCAGGUUCCAAAUUCAGUAAAUUUUGGAAACAAUGCAGCUAUUUCUCAUCAAUUCUCUAUCAUCUUGAAGUCAAAUUUGGAUUUUCCACCAAAUUCUGAAUUUGUAGACAUACUUGUAGGCUCACUUGCCCCAGAUGCCUCCUCUGUCCUCAUUCUUCUCUCCCACACAAGCAGUCUUUUUCUACAGCCAGUAAGGCAGCUGUGUCGUGGUAGCAGAUGGUCCCAUUAUUCUAGGGUUUUGCUCUUUGUAUGAUGAAAAGAAUGUGUUAUGAAUUGGUGCUGUCAGCCCUGCUGUCAGACCUUCUUCCACCCCACAGCAAAUGAGAUGUAUGCCCAAAGACGGUGGAAUUAAAGAAGAGUAAAAUGGCUGUUGAAGCA